AUGAGUGACUCCAUGGACAACUAUAUUCAAGUUGGAAUUGAUAUUGGAACAACCAAAUGCUGCAUUUGUGCUGUUGGUCAGGACGGGAUAUUAACAGUUCUCGAAGUAGACAUGACGAAAUUAGACCACAAAGAGCUUCUCCCAUCUUAUGUUUCAUUUAUUCCAAAUCAAGUUAUUGUUGGUGAAGCUGUGAAGAAAAUGACACAAACAAGCAAUGUGUUGUAUGACCCGAAGCGCCUACUUGGUCUUUCUCUUGAAGAAAUACCCGAAGAUGAAAAGAAAUCGUUUACAUUUGAUAUUGACGAGAUAGAUAAUCAUAUAGUGUAUAUGGUUGACAUAGGGAACAAUGAACCUGAGCCAUUUCGCCCAGAAGAAGUAACUGCUUUUCUUGUUCAAAGACUUCUUGCGAAACUGGAGGAGAUACUUGAGUACAGAAACAAGAAAAAGAAAUAUGUUGUGACACAUCCCGUUUCAUUCAAUGAGAACCAAAUCAAUUCUGCUGAAAUGGUAAUGCAUCUUGUCGGAAUCACAACAUUCAAAUUUUUACCAGAACCAAUUGCUGCACUACUAAGCAUGAAGACGAUGAUGAGUGAGAUAAAAGUAAAUGAGAAGGUUGUAGUUAUAGAUUAUGAAGCAAGUGUUGGUGAUUUUAGUGUUGGUGGAAAUGCUGUUGACAGAGCAGUGAGUGAAUUGAUCAUUGCUAAAACAGCGAAUAUAGAAGAUUAUUCCACGUACUUUUCAGAGCCAAAACAUGCGCUUAUUACUGAAAAAAUAGCUUACCAAAAGAAGAAGGCUCGACUUCGGGUAGAGUCAGAGAGAGUGAAGAUACUCCUUUCGUCAAAUGAAGUUGUUGAAGUCAAUCUCUCCUUUUUAUUUGAUUUAACUGAAGGAUAUGUGAUGGAAAUUAGUAGGGCUGAAAUGAAUGAGAAAUGUAGUGAUUUAUUUGAAAAAUAUGUUAGGUGCAUUAAAAAAACGCUUAUGAUAUGUAAUAUUAAUUCCAGAAGCAUUAAGAAAGUGAUAAUGACUGGUGGUGCGUCUGAAAUCAUUGCAUUACAAGACCAAGCAAAAUUGAUAUUCAAAGAAGCUGCAGUAUUUGUUGUUGACACGCCCGAGUUGGCUGUUGUAAAAGGUGCCUCAAUGUAUCAUAAGAAAGAAAGAAAGAAAGAAAUAAUCGCUUGGAUAUUAUUGAUAGAAUACAUUGUUCGUUUAUUUGUUUUUAUUUGCAAAUAA